AUGGGAGCCGCCACCCCUAACACAUAUGUGCCUACGCAUCCCGGAAGCUUCCUCGUGGAGUUUGUGCCUGGAGAAUAUAGAUCUUCACUUAAAAGCUUGAAGUCGUUCCAAGCAGGCGAGACUCUCGCUUUACUGACGGGUAUAUCCAAGGGAGUCAAAGCCUAUUCAUCCGUGCAAUGCGGUAACGGUCCAAAUGACCAUAUUGAACUGAACAGUGACCUCCUCUACGUGAACCACUCCUGCGAGCCCAAUGUUGCCUUCGACCUUUCCGCCAGCGAUCGAGCCAAAUGGCAUCUCAAAGCUUUGAAGAAAAUCGACGCAGGAGACCAUUUGACUUUCUUCUAUCCAAGCACAGAGUGGGAGAUGUCACAACCAUUCACCUGUGAAUGCCGUGCUCCAACUUGCCUUGGUACCAUCCAAGGUGCAAAAUACCUUUCGCUACAAGAUCUUUUAGCACGAGGAUACGUCAGCCCAUGGAUUAUAGAGGCAAAACAAAGCCAGUCCGGUUGA